AUGGCCGGUGGACGGAAAGAACUCAUGGAAUACCUUGAAAACUUGGGAAUCACUUCAGAAACGGUGGAACAUCCCGCAGUUUUCACCGUGGAAGCCAUGAUGCCGUAUAUCGGCCAUCUCCCAGGAGCGCACAGCAAGAAUCUUUUCUUGAAGGACAAGAAGAAAAAACGCUUAUGGCUCUUCACGGCUUUGGCGACUCGCGAGAUCAACUUGAACGAUCUUGCCAAAAACGUCGGAGCAAGUGGAGGAUUUCGGUUUGCAGAUGAAGCAGUUAUGUUGGAAAAACUUGGUGUCGGACAGGGUUGCGUGACACCCCUAUCUCUGUUCAACGACACCCAUCAAGAAGUCACGUUCUUACUAGACGCAAGUUUUGUGGAGGAUAAUCACGAGAAAGUGCAUUUCCAUCCGAUGACUAACGAAGCAACAACAAGCAUGAAACCCGAAGAUUUCAUGAAAUUUGUCAAAGCAACCGGGCAUGAACCAAUCAUUGUGCACUUCUAG